GUUGGGCGGAGUUACUCCUUAGAGGGACCACGAGUCCCAUGGUGCCCAGCGGCACCCACGCAGACGCGGUGAAGCCGAGCUGAUUAGUCCCGGAGGCAAAGGGGCCUUGGCUGGGUCGGGCGGCGUCUGGAGGGUCCUCUGGAAGGCUUGUGGCAGGGCUGAAGAGGGAGGUCGGCACCAUGUCGAGGCAGGCGAACCGUGGCACUGAGAGCAAGAAAAUGGUGGCUCUUAAAUCCCAAGGACAGUGAGGCCUUCCCUUUUGUGUUAAUUAACCAGCCCCAAUGUCUAUUCUUCAAAAUUCAGAGCUCUGAACUCUUCACCCUGACCUAUGGGGCUCUUGUCACCCAGCUCUGCAAAGACUAUGAAAAUGAUGAAGAUGUGAAUAAACAGCUGGACAAAAUGGGCUAUAACAUAGGAGUCCGACUGAUUGAAGAUUUCUUGGCACGGUCAAAUGUUGGCAGAUGCCAUGACUUUCGGGAAACUGCAGAUGUCAUCGCCAAGGUGGCGUUCAAGAUGUACUUGGGCAUCACUCCAAGCAUCACUAAUUGGAGCCCAGCUGGCGACGAAUUCUCCCUCAUUUUGGAAAAUAACCCCUUGGUGGACUUUGUGGAACUUCCUGAUAACCACUCAUCCCUUAUUUAUUCCAAUCUCUUGUGUGGGGUAUUGCGGGGAGCCUUGGAGAUGGUCCAGAUGGCAGUGGAGGCCAAGUUUGUCCAGGACACCUUGAAAGGAGACGGUGUAACAGAAAUCCGGAUGAGGUUCAUCAGGAGGAUUGAAGACAAUCUCCCAGCUGGAGAAGAAUGACCAUCCCGGGUUGGACAGUAGCCAGCAAGACAUUUGUUGGAGUCAGAAGGGCUCAGUGCCCUCUGCCUCUAGAAUUCAGUGACUCUAACACAGAUGUUAUAUAUUCUAACUUUGUUUCCAUUUUCCAUGCUAAUAAAGAGCAGACUGAUACAGUCCAGUUUUCCCUACAA